UCGGCGCCGCGUUCCGUCCAGCCUUCUCUCUCUUUCUCUAUCUCUCUCUUUCUCUUUCUUUCAUUCUUUCCUACUCUCUCUCUCUCUCUCUCUUGCUGAUCGUGAUAAUAAGCAAACGUCGCGAGAUCCCGGUCCACGGUGAUAAGCCGUUACUCUCUUCCGCGGAUCUCCUUUGGGUACAUUUUUUCCUCAAAGAAACACUCGGCUUAAAGCGCCAGCGGCUGAAGACAUCGAAAGAAGUGUAGUUUGACGAGAAUCCGGAGGAUGAAUCAAAUCGUGUGAAGUGUGUCGAGAGUGAUCCUAUGACGGAACGGAAAAAACGAAGCGCCGCCGGCUCAUCGAACCACGCUUUCAUCGUCGUGGGUGUCGUGCGACCCGGCGGACGGGCGGACACCGGGCCACUCGAAAGCCGCCCGAUCGAAAGUCGCGACACCGCGAGCGAGAAAAGAGAGCGUGCGGCGAGAGAUUCCCGGGGUGGGAGACUCUCUCUCUUUCUCUCCCUCGCUCUCUCAUCGUGAGUGCUUUGUAGAAUCGGCCGGGGCACAUUCAGCAUUACCACCACUAGUACUACCGCGCUGUUGCUACUACCGUUGCCCCCACGUAGUAGCGAUCUGUCAAAGUGGCGUUUCGGAGUAUCGAGAUAGGAAUCGGACGGCAAAAAGGAAUACAAGAGGCAUACGGAGUGUAGGAAGAUGACCGAGUGAUAGCGUAUCGCAAGAGGGACGGAAAAUAUCUGCGAGAAAUAGAAGGUGGAAACAGAUGCCAGUUUUAGAAGAGAAGGAAGAAGCUUGAAAAUGACGAGAGCGCUUUCGCGAUGAUAGAAGUCACUUUGAAAGCGAUUGAUUAAUCGCGCGGGCUUUGCGGCUGUGCUCACGAGGGUCACAAGUAGAAGGAUCACGGAUGAGGAAGCUGUUCGGUUGUUCUGACGAUUGAUUUUUUUUUCCGUGGGACGAAAGAAGACAGCUCCUGGUCAACGACGUCGCGACACGCUAUCGAUCUAUCUAUCGCGCCGGGCCAGGCGCGAACCGUUCAAAAACCGACCGGCGAUCGAUUGAUUGCGAGCCGGUGCACGAGUUCGCGUGUGCUUGAACAUUCGAUCCAAGGGUGUUGCUGCGUUCAGGAAAUCGAGUAUUACUAUGUGUCCUAUCGAGAUCCCCGCCGAGAAACGAAGGAGAAGCAUAUGUCGCAAGGAGCGGAAGGCCGCUGAAUGUCAAAUAAACAAGGAUGGAACAAACAAAUAAGAACGACGGCUUUCAGAUCCGACUAAUUGCGCGCGCGAGAGCUUCCUUCUCUCUCUUUCUCUCGCGUAACUGGAAGUCACGAGAAAUUGAACGUCACGACUUAUAUGAUUGAGUAAAAGAGGCGAGGCGUGCAGUCCGCGCGCGCGAGCGAGUUCUGUCAUUCGGGCUAGAUUGGUGAAGCGAGUGCGUCGCGAAACGCUCGUCGGUGAUCUUUCAACACGAGAGAGGCGUCGAUAACGGAACGGAGCGCGUGGACAUCUGGAUCGCGCGUGGAAGCCUUCGUCGUGGGAGUCGGAGAGACGCGGUAUUUUACUACGGCUUCAUUUACUUAUAGCGGACAGAAUGAUCUCGUGACACUCGAUCUGAUUCUAGGUACACAAUGAUACUCCGGCAGCGAGCGGGAAGACUGAAGACCGAUCGCCCAUCGAUCGUGUUUCGUCAGAGAGCGAGGAGAUAAAGCGCAAUUCCGCGCGGCAAUCAACGAGCGUGUGUGACACGAAGCGCUGCUCCACGGAAAUUGAAGAAGAAAAUUGAUCACGCGAUAGGACGCGUUAACGGAGCUGUCAUAACUUCCAUACGUGGGAAAGAAGUUCAAGAUUAUUAACGAGAUUAACGAGAAGCGGGAGAGCGCUUGCAAGGUUGGCUUUCGUGAGAAUUAUUAUUUUUACCAUUCGUCUGAGAACUGUGCCGAAUCCGCUGCGAAUCAGCGUGCUUGGAUAUCGGCGGAAAAAGCACGCGAGAAAUGUGCGCGCGCGAGAAAAACGUAAACAAGGCGCGAGCGAAGGUUUACGCGAGGUGUCGCGCAAUUGUUGCAGAUAAGAGCAAGAGAAAGAUUGAGAUAAAGCGAAAAAGAGAGAGAGAAAGAUAGGGAAAGAGGAAAGGAGAGAGAGAGAGAGAGAGUGAGAUAAGCUCGAAUGAGCUCGAAUGAGCUCGAGAGCAAGAUAUCGGGAUCCGGUGGAAUCUCUGCCGGUUUCCGCUUUCUCGCUUCGCUUGUGUAUUUAUGCGCGUGUGCGUGUGUGAAUGUAUGUAUACCGGAAGAAGUCAAAGAGUAAAGGAACAUUUUCAAUUUCUCUUUCGAAAAUGUCUCUUUAUUUUGUGACCUAUUCUCGUAUGCGUGUCAUGUGUGUGUGUGUGCGUGUGCGUUUUGUCGCGUACGCGGUGUCACGCGGUUACGAGUGACGCGCGCGUGCGGUCGUUCGUGAACGCGCGCGUAAAUUCGCCGGUGAAUCUUCUCUCGCAGCUCUGGUGCUCCGCGGCGGGGUGGUGCGCGGGAGCGGUGGUGGAAUAACAACAGCAACAAGUAACACAAAAUAAUAACGACACGCAAAAAUGUGGAAUAUGAUGUGCGACGUGAUGCCGACGAUCGCGGAGGACAGCAUGAGCCAGCGUAGCUCGCAAUUCUCCGGCGAGGACGGGAACUUCGAGCAGCUGAUGGUGCAGAUGCUGGACGAGCGCGACAAGAUGAUGGAGUCGAUGCGCGAGCACCAGGAGCGGCUGCAGGAGAUGGAGGCGCGUCUCGCCGAGGUCGAGAAGGAGCGGGACGCCCUGAACCGCCAGCUCAACGCGAACAUUCCUCAGGAAUUUUCGCAGCUGACAAAAGAAUUAGCGGCGGCGCGGGAGAGCAUCUUGGAAAGGGAAGAGGAGAUCUCAGAGUUAAAAGCAGAACGAAAUAACACACGUCUCCUACUAGAGCACCUGGAGUGUUUGGUGUCACGGCACGAACGCUCGCUCAGGAUGACGGUCGUGAAGCGCCAAGCCGCUGCGCAAUCCGGCGUGUCGUCCGAGGUGGAGGUACUCAAAGCUUUGAAAAGUCUCUUCGAGCAUCACAAGGCUUUGGACGAGAAGGUACGUGAGCGUCUGCGUGUGGCUCUCGAAAGAAAUACGAGUCUCGAGGAAGAGCUAGCCCAUACCAAAGACGAACUCCAGCAGUAUAAAGUGAGCGGGCAUCCGUCGAAAGUCAUGGAGGAUAGACCGAAGGAAAACGGACAGGCGGACGAAGGUCAGCAACAGAAUAAGAAUGAGACUGAGCAGGCAGAAAGCCAGCAACAGCAGCAGCAGCACCAGCAGCAACAACUGCAGCAGCAACAGUACCAGCAGCACCAGCAGCAGCAGCAGCAACCAGUACAAAACCCAGGUACAGAGAAGUCCACUGAGGUCGGCAGUAGGCUGAGCAAUGGCAGUCUCGAUCCGAUCGAGCAGGACACCGCAGUACGAGUAAUAGACUUGCAAGCCACUCUCGACAAGCAGAGCUCGGAAUUAAGCACGUGGCAGCGAAGAGUAGCGGAAAUGAGCGGUCGCGUCGCCGAGUUGGAGGAAACGCUGUCGAAAACGCAGAAGGACCUUUUGAAAGCGCAAGAGGCGGGACUGAAACUGCAGAGAGAUCUGCGGGAGAACGCGGCGCAAAAAGAGGACCAAGAGGAGCGAAUAGCGACUUUAGAGAAACGAUACCUCAAUGCUCAACGAGAGUCCACUAGUCUUCACGACCUCAAUGAGAAGCUGGAGCAAGAGUUGCAGCAUAAGAAAGCUCAACUGAAGCUUCAAGAGGAGAAAAUCGCGGCUAUACAGGAGAAAUUAGAGCUCACGGAACAGAAAUUAGCUCAAUACGCUAAGUUACCAGAAAUGGAAGAGCAAUUAAAGCAGAGGAUGGAGGCUCUGACGCAGGUGAGGAGGCCCAACCAGGCUCAGGAGAGGCACGGUAGCGCGGAGGAUAGAAUCCAAAGAUUGGAAGCGCAAUUGGAAGAAAAGAACGCAGAACUGAUACGUGUUAACCAGCGGUUUAAGAUGAACGAGGAACAUAAUCACCGUCUUAACGCAACCGUCGAUAAACUUUUAUGUGAAUCUAAUGACAGAUUGCAAGCGCAUCUGAAGGAAAGGAUGGAAGCGUUAGAAGAGAAGAACGCUCUUACUGCGGAACUCGAGAAGACGAGGAAGAUGGUGGAAGAUCUGCAGAACGAGAAGGCUGAAAUUGUUAAGGAAUUGGCGAAGGCGCGCCUAGAAAUCGAUAACGUUAAGAGACAGAUGCUUCAGCAGGAGAUCGCAUUUAAUAUUCAGCAGACGGACGCGUUGACGAGGAGCUUAUCUCCGAACGCGGUCGAUCCGGGCUCCUUCUCGAGGAGCGCGAGUCACAGUAGUUUCGAUACGCACUCAUUGCCGAGAAGAGGAGGUAAACGAUCGAUGGAGGACGACUCGUCGAAGAACUACGUAGCACGGACUUUGGCGGAGCAGGAGUGGGAAAAGUUACAGCAAGCGCACGUACUCGCUAACGUCCAGCAAGCGUUCGACGUUUCGAGCGACGCCGAAGGCGACGGGGAUAAUGAAAGUAUCUUCAGUUGCACGGCCGACGUAAUUGCAAGUCCGACCGGGCACACGGAUGCCCAGACACUGGCGUUGAUGCUGCAGGAACAACUGGACGCCAUUAAUAAGGAAAUUAGAUUGAUUCAGGAAGAGAAGCAGAGUACGGAAGCGCGCGCGGAGGAAUUGGAGUCUCGGGUCGGUAGUCUCGAGCACAUGAAUCUGUUAGCGAGAGGUCGUAGCCUCGAGCGAGCAUCGCCACCUUUAAGUGGACGAUCCACGCCAAAAUCGCAUCAUAGUCCUAAUAGGGAUUAUUUGCACAAGUACCACACCGUUAGUAAUCACGCACCUGCGUCAAUGUCUCCGGCGCAUUUACAUCAAUACGCCGCUUCCUUAGUCAGUCCGGGUCAACUGUCAGAAUCUCUUCCCGCUAGCCAGUUACAGUUGUCAGGUGAAGAGUUACAUUCGAUUAGUGAAAGAGAUAGUACCGGCGGCACCAUAGGAAGCGGCAGUGACGCGGCUUCUCCACUGACAGCCAGAUCUUUGAGAUUGGAGCGAGUCGUUCAAGCGUUGGCGCACAGUCAGGAAGAACUCAGAAGACGUACCGGACAGAGCGGAUUUCCGAGCAGUGGUUUCCCCACGUACAGGCAUGGGCAGCAUAACAACGGCGCACUCAAUUCUGGAACUCCCCCUUCCCCAUUGUCCUCACGCCACAGCAGCCAGGACAGCCUGCACAAGAACAACUUCUCCAGCGUCGGACUGCCCAUCGGACAGCUGUCGGCGUCGCAUUUGCACAUGCAGGCGACCAUGAGCCCCGCCACGGCGGCCGCGGUCGCGGCCGCGCAAAAAAAGAAGGGCAUUAAGAGCAGCCUCGGUAGAUUCUUCAGUAAAAAGGAGAAGAUCAAAGGAAAAGACACACCGAUGCCGGGCGAUGUACCAGGUAUGGGUGGUGCGUGUACACCAGCGGAUCCUGAUUAUGGAGACAGUGUGGCCGUGGCUGGUACACUUGGCAGUAAAAGUGAUUUUGAUCGUAGGAAAAAGAAGAGUCCCAGCAUGUUCGGUAGUAUGCUGGAUUCCUCGCGGCACGAGCUCCUGGCGGAAGCGAUGAAGGCCGGAACACCCUUCGCCCUGUGGAACGGACCAACGGUGGUGGCGUGGUUGGAGCUUUGGGUGGGCAUGCCGACGUGGUACGUCGCCGCUUGUCGAGCAAACGUCAAAAGUGGUGCUAUCAUGAGUGCGCUUAGCGAUACGGAGAUUCAACGAGAAAUUGGCAUAAGUAAUCCGUUGCACCGAUUAAAACUGAGACUAGCCAUUCAAGAGAUGGUGUCGCUCACGAGUCCGUCAGCGCCAAAAACUUCUCGCACAACAUUAGCAUUUGGUGAUAUGAAUCACGAGUGGAUAGGUAAUGUCUGGUUGCCGAGCCUCGGCUUGCCGCAGUAUCGGUCCACUUUCAUGGAGUGCCUUGUUGAUGCUAGAAUGCUCGAUCAUCUUACGAAGAAGGAUCUUCGUGGUCAACUGAGAAUGGUUGACAGCUUCCACAGAACAAGUUUGCAGUACGGCAUUUCUUGCUUAAAGCGAUUAAAUUACGAUAGGCAACAAUUAGAAGAGAGAAGACGAAUGGCAGAAGGUGCCAAUAUAGACGUACUUGUAUGGAGCAAUGAUCGUGUUAUAAGAUGGGUACAGUCGAUCGGUUUGAAGGAAUACGGGAAUAAUCUUUUAGAGUCAGGUGUGCACGGCGCACUUAUAGCCCUAGACGAAAGUUUCGAUGCGAAUAGUUUUGCGUUAACCUUACAAAUUCCCACGCAAAAUACACAGGCGAGACAACUGCUAGAAAUGGAGUUUUCAAGUCUGCUGGCGGUAGCGACUGAGAGGCGGCUGCAUGAGAACAGCAGCAUGAAAUCCUGAUCCAGCUCGUCAAGUCGGCUGUCUCAUAUUCAACCGCAUCACGUCUAGUCCGAAACCCCAGCUAUCGCUACUAUCUAUGCGCAAGUGUGUUGUAAAAGUCGUAAGAGCUUUAAGUAUCACGCUAGGAGUAUCUUCGUAUUGUUAUCGACAAAUGUGACAAUUUGGUAAAUACCGAGGUGUGUUUCGACAUAAAGCCGAUAUUAAGAUAAGCUUACGCGAUACAUUCGAUACUAGGCAAAUCCAUUCGAUCGAUUUUUAUGCCGCGCGCGCGGCGCACGAGGUUCGGCGCGCCGCGCGCGCGCGUGAUUAUUGCCCUUCGCGGGAGGGAAGAAAGGUAGUUUAUUCCGAACGGUUUUUUCAUAUAGAUAUCGAAAUGUAGUAGGCAGUCGUUGGAUUAUACUAUUAAAUGGUGAUGUACAAUAGCACUCUCUUUUGAAAGCUCGGGAUAUCAGUUUGCAGACGAUUACGACAAUAAUUCUCCCUUGAGUUAGCUUGGUUCGUUCGUAAAGGUGUCGAUAAUCCGUAGUCUCAGUAUUACGAAGUCGCGCAGUAGAUUAUAUUUGUUAUACGAGACUAUUUGUAUCGCUCUCGCGUACAACAACGUGUACUUAUACCGUUCAAUAAAUACUUAAGGCAGCGUAAGUUAAAUGUCCCUGUACCGCACAAAGACGUAAUGGAAAAACGAGAGUCUAUCGUUGCUUUUCGAGAAAUCGUUGAUAUAGAAGGUGUCCUGCGAUUGACAAUGCAAUCGGAAAAUUGGAAUCUACGUGAAAACAUGGGCCAAAGAGAUGUAAAUUUUUUGUCAAAUAUGAAUAUAAGUGUUUUCCGAAAUAUUCACUUAUUAAUAUUUUACAUAAUGAGAUAAAUUAAAAAAACAGCAAUUGUUUUUUAACAUUAUUCAACAAUUGUAGCGUUUCCGAGUGAACGGAUUUUGAUCGAUCCAAGAUUGAUUAAUGAUGUUAUUGCAUCGCCAAUAAAAGACUUGAAUUUAUAGUACAAUAGUGAUCUGCGAUGAAUCGGAAUUCGUUCAGUUCGAAAACGCCAUAAUUCUAAAAACAUUACGGCAAAGACAUUCUUUCUCACUUUUUUUUCACGUAGAAUUGUUACCAUUCUGAUUGUAUCGAUUUGCAAGACGUUACGUAUACCGCGGAGACUGCAUUCUAUGUUUCUGUAUCUAUAAAAUCGUCACUUAAAACGCUGUGCGUGGAAAUUACAUUGCCAUUACUUUUCACAGAUAGAAUUCCAGGGAAUACUCGUUUUCCUCCAUUUCGAUGAAUUUUCAAGGUUUCCGCGUGAUAUAUCGCGAGUGGAGAGAGUUGCUUGGGCGCGAUUGGCGCGUGCUCGCUUUUUAUUUGCCGAACAAAUCGUGAACGGACAUUUUAUACUACGAGAUAUUUGCGAAUGGUUACGCGAUGUAUGUUAGUAAAUGUGUUAUAAGAUUUAGACGACUCGAUUACAUUUCGUGAAUAGGGCUACCGACCAAUUUUACGCAUAAUAUUCACGACGAUCAUUGGAUUUAAUAUUUUGUGCGCGGCGACGGGUAUCUGUCAGUCGUGGAUAUCAUUACCGCUGUCUUAGAUUGUGUCGAGAGAGAAAAAAAAAAUGAAGAGGAGGAAAUUGUUUCACUUACGAGCGCGCAGAUACUUUUGUAUUGUCCCCUUUAGAUAUAAGUAUAGCUCAUUCUUAAUAGGCAUGGUCGGUAGCAGGAAAAUGCAAAAUGUACUAUAAUCGCGGCGAGGGACCUGUACGACCGUGCAGAGGUGGGGGAGCUAAUCAUAGAGCGACGAUUAAUAAUUAUGCCCCGUAGCGGCUGUAACCGUAGCGGGAAGAGAAGUAGAACACGAUGUUGCUGAAGACAAUGAUCGCGCGCGAUGGUAAUUAUUGCCAUUUCAUAUAAAACAUCAUUGCGAAGCUAAAGGUGCGGCGAAAGACUGAGACACCGAUGGUGAUUGUAAUAACGAACUGAUCAAGAUAACGAAGAGAGGGGAGGGAGGGGGGGAAAUGAAAAAGAAAAAAAAGAAAAGAAAAGACGAUCACAAUAAUGAAACGAUAAGUUAUAAAUGCUGAUGUUGUUAAUGUUGUUGAUACUUGAGCAAUCAUUGUUGUUGAUGUUUGUUUCCCGAUGAACUGUACUACUCUACCUUGCAAGCUGUUUACUCAUCGUAGGCUCCGGCGGCGCUGCACGACCUUCCGAACGGGCGUAAACGUACCAAAUAGUUUCUACCAAAGACUCCGGUCAAGCGCGCGCGCGCGCGCGCGCAUCCACUCGUCGAUCACACGCGAGGGAGACGCAGGGUCGGCGCUUCUGACGCUUCGAUUGAAAUGCACGUAAAAAGAAGUAUAUGUGUUAUCACUCUCGACGCACGUCGCUCUUUCUCACGCGUACCACCAAUCAAUUCAGACACGCAUUCUCGAUAACCGGACGAACGUGUUAAUCCAAAGCAACGUUACGCUACCUCAAUACUGAAGUGCGGUGGUACCUUUCCUUUCCCGCGGUAUGAUAUGUAUAUCAAAUUGAUUCGUCGCCAUGCACACUCAUGACUCACGUGCCAUGCAGGAUGUUUCAUUAUUGGUGAAAUACUUUAGGGAUGGAUUCAGCAUUUAAAAAUAGUAACAUAAAUUCAGAGAAAUGUACAUUCCCUUGCAACCGUCUGUGCUCUGAGAAUUUUUUUAAUACGAUCGACUCCAAGAGAUCUUUCUGGUGUAAAUUUUAAAAUAAUCGAGAAUGAUGUUUCACGAAGAAAAAUUUAGAAUUCAAAUUUUAUUGAUCUAUUUCGUUGUCACUGUAGCGACGUUAGUAGAGUGCAAAAUAUUAAAGUUUUAUAAAACACUUUACUUUUACUGUGUACUUUUACUUAUUUUUAUACAUAGAAUUAAGAGAACAAUCGAUUGAUAACCUUAAUUUCUUGAUUGUGUUUUAAAGAAAAUGCAUGGUGCGAAAAGAUUUCUACAAAUAACGAAACACCUUGUACACGUAAUUAACGCGAUAAUUUAUUUUGGCAGAGCAAGAAUAAAGCGCACAUAUUUAUUUCGCUUACUCUCUACACUAAGAAGUAAUGUAAAUUAUUUUAAACUUUUGCACAUAGAAUGAAUUCUUAUUUUCCGCGAAGCGACACCGUAUACGACGUACAUCUACGAAACGUGUGCUUGAGUAUUCCUAGCCUUCGAAGGUCUUCUCUAACGAUAGAAACCGAUAGGGAAAAAAAAAACAAAAAAAAACAUUGUAUAGUAUAUUAAUUCCUAUACAUAAAACAGACGUACGAAAGCGUUUUUAACGGAGCCGUCUCUCCCCUUCGGAAAGGUCUGCAGUAAACUGUAAAGUGACUGAGUAUUAUUUUUAACGUGUGCUAGUUAAUAGCGUCUAUGGACAUUCCAGAAAGACCUUCCAACAAAGAAAAAUAAAAAAAGAAAAGCCACCGCAUUCGUAAUCGCGUAUAUGCACGUCAUGGAUUAGUAUGUAGCAGCUUCGACGCCUUCUAUGUAUCUAAAUAUAAAUGUAUACAUAAGUAUGAAAGAGAGUAUAUCGCGAGGUCCGGCUCCCGACUGGUCGGCACCCAAAUAGAGCUGGAAUAAGCGGGAGUAAGAAUAUUUCAUUGCAUGAUACGCUUCGGUGUGUGCGCUAUAUGUUUUCCCCGAGGAUGUUGAUCCCUGAUCCAGCUCUGCUUUGUCUUGCUCCUGUUAAUUAAUUAAUUUCACUCUUAAAUGCAUAAAUCUGCUCGACAGUUCGGUAUAUUUUAAAUUUAGGAUAUUGUUUUUAGUCGGCAUUAAAGUUUCGCAGUAUUAAGAAAAUCAAAUUCAAUAUCUUGUUGCGGAUUUUUUGAAUUUUUAGUAGCCGAAGAGAAAGUAAAUCAAAAUUAUUGUCUAUUGCGUGAAUUUGUAGCGUGAUGCAUUUACGGGUUAAUAAUUAAUUAAUUAAUAAAUCGUGAUUAGUUAGUUAAUUCGUAUACUACAUCGACUCGAAUCUAAUUCGAUUUCGAUAGAGUCGUUUGAUUUGAUUCCGGCGCGUUCACAGUUUCACGUUAUUAAUUUGUAUAUUGUCUUCAGCAAUACUGAAUAAUGUCCGGAUUGAGUUGGAGUUCGAUAUCGAACGUAGUCGAUUCAUCCUGCGCGCUUUUAAGGACAUAAUCAUCAUGUAAAUCAUAAAUCGUAAGAUCAUCGCUUCACACACACACACACAUAUCAUAAGAAAUAGUCUCGUCGAGAGUCUCUCCUAGUUUCCGGAUGGAAUAAUCGCACGCUCGCUUAGCGAAAGCACAUUCACGAAAUCAUCCGUGUUGAUUAUAUCGAUUAAUUUUCGUAGAGAGAGAGAGAGAGAGAGAGAAAACUCAGUUUUUCCGUUUGAACGUCCUUCCUUACGCUCAAUUCGGCCGAGCUGGCGGAGAAGAAAAAAAAAAGAAGAAAAAAAAAAAAGAAACGAUUUCGACGUUAUUCCGAACUUUUGUACGACAUAUAUUUGAGUGUUAUUAUAUACUGCUAGUUAGAAUGUACAUAAGUGUGUGUGCGCGAGUGAGUGUGGUGUGUGUACAUAUAUGUAUAUCUAUCUUUCUCUAUGUAUAUACAUGUACGAAUUAUUUAUUAGCGAUCCUGUAAUUUCCAUACGAUCUAGGCCCGUGUCGCGGUGUGGAACUCUACUGCAUACUCAUUUUAAAGGAUAGUUUAUUGAGUUGUUAAUUCGAUGUUGCAAUACUUCACUUCCAAAUAAAUUCAUUUAGUAAUAAAAAAAUAAAAUAAAAUAAAAUCGGCUACUGUACUCGAGCUAGCUUAUAUAGUCGUUCACGGAAGUUUUCAUAAAAUUCUCUUCUUUCUUUUUGUUUGUUUGUUUGUUUGUUUUUUUUCUUUUUUUUUCUUUUCAUUGACGAAACGGACGUGUGUGAUCGGUGUAAACGUUUUGAAAGACGAGACACAACUUGUAUAUGUAUAUAUAAGUAACGAUAUGUUUUUGUUAUAAUAUGUACAAUAUAUAAUUCGUAUGUAUAUUAAAUAGACUUAUCGACUUUUUUGCACAGUCUACCGUGCGAUCGACACAUUUUUUAAAUGUAAAUCAAAGGUGUAAUAUAAUUUUCCAUUGAAUCGUCGGGCAUUAAACGAGUAAUUACAUGUCGCGCCAGCGCGAUCGUGCUGAUUUCCGUGACGAAGCGGUUUUACGCCCCAAAAGCCGCCAAAGAAGGUACGAAUUUGUUGGUCUGAAGUGGACACUUAUAUAUAAUCGAAAUUAUAAUUGAAGAAUAAAAAUUGUAUAGAUAC